AUGAAAUUCACAACACUUUCUCGGUAUUUCGCGGCGUUCGUAGUUUUUUCGGUGCUUUCCGCGCAAAGCGGUUGCCUGGCUUGCACGCUGUCCAACCGUGCUGGCGCACAGGCGGAGCAGAAGGACUGGUGGCAAACUGCACAGUUCUACCAGAUUUAUCCACGUUCCUUCCAGGAUUCCGACGGCGAUGGUAUUGGUGAUUUGAAGGGCAUUACGUCGCGUUUGCAGUACCUCAAAGAUAUUGGCGUAACCGCAGCGUGGCUGUCGCCAAUUUUCAAAUCUCCGAUGGUGGAUUUUGGUUAUGACAUUGCGGACUUCUACGAAAUUCAAGCAGAAUACGGUACGAUGGAUGAUUUUCGCGAGUUGAUUUCAAAGGCGAAUGCAUUGGGUCUGAAGAUCAUUUUGGAUUUUGUGCCAAAUCAUUCCAGUAACGAAAGCGAGUGGUUCAAGAAAUCACUUAAGCGUGAGCGCGGUUACGAGGACUACUAUGUAUGGCACGAUGGCAAGCUGGACGCGGAUGGCAAACGCAUACCGCCGAGUAACUGGUUGCAAUCGUUCCGCGGUUCUGCGUGGGAAUGGCGUGAGGAACGCCAGCAAUACUAUUUGCAUCAAUUCGCCGUGCAGCAGGCCGAUCUAAACUACCGCAAUCCUGCUGUGGUGGAACAAAUGAAACGCAUAAUUCGCUACUGGCUCGACCAGGGCGUAGCUGGUUUCCGCGUCGAUGCAGUGCCGGUGCUCUUCGAAGUGGAGCCCGACGAGAAUGGCCAAUAUCCCGACGAGCCGGUGAGUGGCAACACCGACGAUAAGGAUGAUCGCGCUUACCUCAAAAUGGAUCUGAUUGAAAAUCGUCCGGAGACCAUCGAUAUGGUUUAUCAAUGGCGUCAAGUGAUGGAUGACUAUCAGCGCAUACAUGGCGGCGACACGCGUGUGCUGCUAAUCGAAACGUACGCGCCGGCCGCAUACACGAUGCAAAUGUACGGCAACCGUACAGUGGAGGGCGCACACUUGCCGUUCAACUUCAAUUUGAUUACCGUGCUGAAGCAGGGUGUGAGCGCGUCAUACGUGCAGCAGGCGGUCGAUGAGUGGCUGAAGAACAUGCCGGCGAAACGUACAGCGAAUUGGGUGAUUGGUAAUCACGAUCAACGUCGCGCGGCCAGCCGCUAUGGCGUGCAACGUACGGAUGCCAUGAACAUGCUGGUUAUGACUCUGCCCGGCGCAAGUGUCACCUAUCAGGGUGAGGAAUUGGGCAUGAUUGAUGGUGAGAUCUCAUGGGAAGAUACGGUUGACCCCGCUGCUUGUAACUCAAAUAAAGAUAUAUAUGAAAACUUUACGCGCGAUCCGUCACGUACGCCAUUCCAAUGGAGCGCAGGCACUAACGCCGGUUUCUCCAAUGCUGCAAAGACUUGGCUGCCACUUGCACCAGACUACCAAACCCUCAAUGUUGACGUGGAGAACUCGAGCGCCAAUUCUCAUUUGAAGAUCUACAAGUCACUGAUCGAAUUGCGCAAAAGCUCAAAAACCCUACAGGAUGGCUCGUACAAAUAUAAGGCACUCGCAAACAACUUUUUCGCUUUGAAACGCUAUCUAACAGGUGCGGACACCAUCGUAUACAUCGCCAAUUUUGGCAAUGACACAACCACUGUGGAUCUACAGCAGGAUUUCGAUGUCUUGCUGCCCGCUGCAAUGACCUUGACGAUAAGCAGCUUGGACUCAACGAAAACCAGCGGCUCUGAGAUUAACACCAAGAGCCUGUCGCUGGCAGCCGGUGAGGCCUUGAUUUUGAGUGGCCCCGCUAAUUGAGUUUGGACUGAAUGUAUUGGAUGGUCGAAAAAGUAUUUUCGUAUUUCUGAAUAAACUUCAAUUCGUAUUUGCCUGUGCUAAACAUAUUUUUUUCAAUAAAAGCAUGAAGUGCGUCGUCGAGUGUUUCGCGCUAAUGAAACCAAAUUUA